AUGCAUUCAACAGGCGAGGCCUGCGCUGCGGUGCAGACGAAGGUUGCGGCAGACCGAUCCCCAAUGGCUGAGUCCUCUCCGCAGUUUUCUAGCAAGUCAUCGAUCCACAGCAACUGGCACCGAGAAGGUGCCGUGGUGGCUGAUGCGAGGCGCAUGGCAGCAACGGAGCAGAGUGGGAAGCUUGUGAUUCGCGAUCGAGCAGCAAGAGGCAGUAGCAGGACAGCACCAGUCUCCAUCCUCGCCAGCUGGGCAGUAGCUGUACAAGCUAGACACGGCGUGUCGGCAGAGUCGCUAGGUUUGGCAAACCACCCGAAGCUUGGCGGUUGA